AUGAACCCUGUUGGGCUCAGGACGUGCAGCAGGGACCUUGCGGGGUCCGGCCCGUUGCCCUUCAGCGUCAAGUCGCUGCUGCAGGCAGAGCACUGGCUGGGCGCGGAGCCCGCGGAGCCCCGGGAGGAGAGGCCGCGGGGCGCCGCGGAACCCCGGGCCUGGGUCCCGGCGGCCGCCCCCUUGUCCUCCCCACGCGCCCCCAGCCCUCCACCCUGCACCCUCAGGAAACACAAGAACAACCGCAAGCCGCGGACGCCCUUCACCACCGCGCAGCUGCUGGCGCUGGAGGGCAAGUUCCGCCAGAAGCAGUACCUGUCCAUCGCGGAGCGCGCCGAGUUCUCCAGCAGCCUGAGCCUCUCCGAGACGCAGGUCAAGAUUUGGUUUCAGAACCGCCGGGCCAAGGCCAAGCGACUGCAGGAGGCCGAGCUGGAGAAGCUGAAGCUGGCGGCCAAGCCGCUGCUGCCCUCGUUCGCCCUGCCCUUCCCGCUUGGCGUCCACCUUCACGGCUCCCCGGCCGUGUACGGCAGCGCGGCGGGCUCCCUGCCGCAGGUGCCGGGACUCCUCGCCGCGCCCGUGGCCGCCUACGGCAUGUAUUACCUGUCCUAG